AUGUUUUUUGUGGCGGGGGCCAAAAAUACAUCAGGAGGGGGCGGAGGAGGUGAAAGGAGAUCAAUCUACCAGAAAUUCCGUGAGGUAGAUUUAUUGGACAAGAAGAAGACAGUGACUGCUCUAAAACCUGGUGAGGAUCGUGCCAUUAUGCUGGGGCUGGGGAUGAUCCUCUCCUCAGUCAUGAUGUACUUUGUCCUGGGGAUCACUAUAUUACGCGCCUAUGCAGAAAGUGUGUGGACAGAGGAGGGUGUGUGUGUUAUACUCAACUCCACGGUCACAGCAGACAUGAACUGUUCCUACAACUGUGGGUCAGACUGCUGGAGAGUCUCCAAAUACCCCUGUCUGCAGGUGUACGUGAGCGUCAAUAACACGGGCCGUGUCAGCCGUUUAUCUCACAAUGAGGAGACCCAGGACACCAGCUCUGAAUGUGUCUACGUGCCCAGGUGUCAGAAGGACAGCACGGCCAUGCACGUCAUGAUCAUGAACAUCUCGGAGCGUCUGAAGGUGAACCAGCAGGUCCCCUGUUACUACGACCCCAGCGAGCAGCAGGAGACGGUUCUCCUGACGCGGCUGUACGACCACAGCGUCGUCUUCCACUCGCUGCUCUGGCCCUCGUGCACGCUGACGGGAGGGGCCCUCAUCAUUGUGAUGGUGAAGCUCACGCAGUACCUCUCCAGACUGUGCGAAGAGAUAGGCAAGAUCAAGAGGUGAAAGAGCAGCUGUCAAAUCCAUGUGGUGGUUUGCUGAUAGACGUAUGACAUGAAAGGGAUUGUUUCGACCAAACGAUCUUGCCGUGACCUCUUGAGAGCUUUACUCUGCGGCGGAGACAUGUGGAACAGCUGACUUUCACUCCGGAUCGAGGAUGUGACUGUUUAAAAAAGCGAACUGAGUGUUUAGAGGCGGAAAACUGUCAGACAUGUAACUGGCUGCAGGGAAAACUAUGACUGGAUUCUGCAUUGGUGUUAAAAAUUGUAAAAUGUUAAUGGAUCUUUGUUUACAAGUGUUUUUUACACUUGUAAUCUGAGCAUGUACUUGCUAUGUCACAUAUGAUAGACAUUACAGUACCCAGAUUUAAAUUGAUGGGGAAAAAACACUGUUGUCUGUCCAAAAUGUACUGAAGAGGAUUGGGGCCAGGUAGGAGAAAAAAAUGAUGAGAGGAGGAUUUUUUUUUUCAUUAUGCAGUUCGAGAAAUGAAGAGAAUAAAGUUAACUUUUUGUGUUCUGUGAAGUUGGAAAGAUAUUCACGAAUUUGUGUUAAUAAGUCAUCAGAGGAACAUUGUUUUCAGAGAAAUGGCGUCUACCUGAACAGUUAGGUAGACUGCAAGCUACAACCUGAUUUUCAUAAAUGUCAUAAAAUGAGCAAUAACCACAAUAUUUAAGGGUAUAGUAGAACUAAAAUCCCCCGACACAUAAAUGAGCUAUUUUGGUAGUUGGCUUCCAUAAAUAUUGUUUUGGGGAAAAUCUGCUUUUCUAUGUAAUUUAUUUGAUUUUUUUUAGACAUACAGCUCUUAAAAAAAUAAAAGACCACUGCAAAAUGAUCAGCUUUUCUGGUUUUACUAUUUAUAGGUAUGUGUUCGAGUAAAAUGAACAUUUUUGUUUCAUUCUAUAAAGUGCUGACAACAUUUCUCUAAAAUUUAAAAAAUUAAAUAUUGCCAUUUAAAGCAUUUAUUGGCAGAAAAUGACCACUGGUCAAAAUAAGAAAAAAAAGAUGCAGUGUUUUCAGACCUCGAAUAAUGCAAAGAAAACAUGUUCAUAUUCAUUUUUAAACAACACAACACUAAUAUUUUGAUUUGAGAAGAGUUUAGAAAUCGUUAUUGGUGGGAUAAUCUUAAUCUUUAAUCACAGCAGUGGUUUUUAUAAUCUUCCUCAUAGAAUAAGAUUUGGUUCAGGCGAUCAGCUGAUCAGUGUCUCAUUAAGCAGAAUGAGGAGGCUUGUGUUGGAAUCCAACAAACACUGGAAUGGACCGGCUGCCAUAGAUGUAGAGAUGCUGAUUUAAGAAACAUUU